CACCAGCAACACAGCCAAAAAAGCUUUGCAUCAAACCAACAACCAACCCAAUCGCCCAACCACACAUACACACGCCAUCAUGACUUGCGCAUCCUGCCGAGCGAUCCUCCCGCGCGUCCUCCGCACCCCUCGCGCUCUCCCCAUCGCACAAUGCCGCAGCCCCCUGCGCACAUCCGCAGCGCUAUCCCAAACACCUCUCCUCGCCCAAAGAGCAAUGCUGUCGACGACAAGACCACGAUUCUCAGCUGCUGCUGCAGCCGGUGAAGGAACCGAAGCCGAGCGCGAAAUCACAGCCCUCCUACAAGAAAAGCUAUCGCCCACGUCUCUUCUGGUGCAGGACGUCUCGGGCGGCUGUGGCAGCAUGUACUCGAUCGACAUUGCCUCGCCCCAAUUCAAGGGCCUGUCUAUCCUGAAGCAGCAGCGCCUGGUCAAUGCAGCGCUGGGCGACUUGGUAAAGAGCUGGCAUGGGCUGCAGUUGCGCACCUCUGUGGACGAAUAGACAUAUGCCUGAUCUAUGCAGACAUACAUGUACAAUACUGAACACACACACACACACACACACAC